AUCGUGAUUUCGGUGUGUUCCGGCACAGACGCCGACGGCCCGGGAGAAGGUCUCCGUGCGCGACUGGGCGUUCCGGCGUACUUUACUUUUUUUUUUUUUUAAUUCGAUUCAUUCAUACGUGAACGGGAGAAUGUUCCCCUCGGAGUCACCGUGCGUCAUGACCUCACCGCCCCCCCGUUGAAUGGGAUUCCUCAUCGCCUCCGCGUCGCUCCUUUUGGCACACAGUCCGCCUGGUGCCGCCGCUCCGAGCCGCCGAUUUUUACGACCCGUGAAGACUUUUGGUUUCCCUCAUCGGCCCCCGCGAAUGGUCUGAUACGACAUCCGCCCUUUCCGAUCGUCAGAACAGCGACCGUGCGCCAGAUCCCCCGGUAGCCCGCGCGUCAGGCUCAUCAGUCUCAGCUCACCUGAUGGCCACGUUUACAUGAGCGCGGAGGAGCAGAGAAAAGGACGUGAAGCCGACCUGGAUAUCUGAGACAGUGCAGCCGAUUCCAAGCACUCCUGUCUAUUCUCGGUGUGCCUCGGCCAUGGGAGGAUCCAAGAGUAAGCCGAAGGAUGUCGGCCAGCGGACCCGCAGCCUGGAGGGCAACCUGAGCUCCGGCGGCGGGGUUGGCGGCCACCUCCUCAGCGCCAAUCAACAGUCCUUAACACCCAACCGCAGUCCCACCAUGGAGGGAGGUCUGGGCGGCAAUCAGCCUAUGACCAACAAUGCAGAGAUGACCCUGUUUGGAGGCGUGGACAAUAACACUGUCACCUCCCCCAGCAGAAUCACACUAGCAGGAGGCGUGACAACCUUCGUGGCGUUGUAUGACUACGAGUCUAGAACGGCCUCAGAUCUUUCAUUCAGGAAGGGUGAACGCCUCCAGAUAGUGAACAACACAGAAGGCGACUGGUGGCUGGCGCGCUCCCUCACCACCGGAGAGAGUGGUUACAUCCCCAGCAAUUAUGUGGCUCCGUCUGACUCCAUCCAGGCAGAAGAGUGGUACUUUGGUAAAAUCACUCGCCGCGACUCGGAGAGGAUGCUGCUAAGUUUAGAGAACAGGAGAGGGACUUUCCUGGUGCGAGAGAGUGAGACCACCAAAGGUGCCUACUGUCUGUCCGUAUUGGACUAUGACAACACCAAAGGGCUGAAUGUGAAGCACUACAAGAUCAGGAAGCUGGACAGCGGAGGCUUCUACAUCACAUCUCGCACACAGUUCAGCAACCUGCAGCAGCUGGUUAACCACUAUCGCAGUGAGUUCAUACGCUCACAUGAAGACUGUUCUGUGAUUUGGGAAGGAAGCGCGCUUCCCUCCUUCACCGCAUGUCUCCUCUUGUGUCCCCCAGAGCACUCUGAUGGGCUGUGUCACAGCCUGACAGACAUUUGUCCUGUGCUGAAGCCUCAGACUCAGGGCCUGUCCAAGGAUGCCUGGGAGAUCCCGAGGGAGUCCCUCCACCUCGACCUGAAGCUGGGACAGGGCUGCUUCGGAGAGGUCUGGAUGGGAACCUGGAACGGGACUACACGCGUGGCAAUAAAGACUCUGAAACCAGGCACCAUGUCUCCGGAGGCCUUCCUGCAGGAAGCUCAGGUCAUGAAGAAACUGAGACAUGAAAAGCUGGUUCAGCUUUAUGCCGUGGUGUCCGAAGAACCGAUCUACAUCGUCACAGAGUACAUGGGACAAGGUAGUUUACUGGAUUUCCUGAAAGGCGACAUGGGGAAAAUGCUCCGCCUCCCCCAACUAGUGGAUAUGGCUUCACAGAUUGCUUCUGGGAUGGCUUAUGUGGAGAGGAUGAACUAUGUGCACAGAGACCUGAGAGCCGCUAACAUCCUGGUGGGAGAUAAUCUGGUUUGCAAAGUGGCUGAUUUUGGUCUGGCUCGCCUCAUCGAGGACAAUGAAUAUACUGCGAGACAAGGAGCCAAGUUCCCCAUCAAGUGGACGGCCCCCGAGGCCGCGCUGUACGGCCGCUUCACCAUUAAAUCUGACGUCUGGUCAUUCGGUGUCUUGCUGACCGAACUGGCCACUAAGGGCAGAGUUCCCUAUCCAGGAAUGGUAAACCGGGAGGUGUUGGACCAGGUGGACCGCGGCUACAGGAUGCCGUGUCCGGCGGAGUGCCCCGAUUCCAUGCAUGAGCUGAUGCUGACCUGCUGGAGAAAAGAGGCCGAGGAGAGGCCCACCUUCGAGUACCUGCAGGGCUUCCUGGAGGAUUACUUCAACGCCACGGAGCCGCAGUACCAGCCGGGAGAGAACCUGUGAACUGGGCUGAGCCGUGGGAAUGUGCAUGCGUCCUGCAUGCGCAACACUGAGCAUGUGCAUCUACUGCUGGAGGGCACGGGCGAGUACGUGUCAGGGUUUGUCCGUGCUGUUGAAACGGGGGCGAAGAGCCGACUGCAUUCUGGGUACUCUUUGACGUCGGUUGGUAUCCGUGUGACAAGAAACCAAUCAGCAACCCUCAGUUCCUGCUUCUUUCCAAAGUCGUUGUCUUGCUCUUCAAUCGCAAGUAAACGUCUAUACUGUGGUAUUUUGAGUUUAUUAACCAGUGCUGUGUUAUUAUUCUGUAUGUCAAAUCAACACCCUGCAACAUCCAAGCGGGUUUUUCCUGCCUUUCUUGUGUUCGUAAGGCGCCCUAAAUGUAUACAUUCCCCAUGCAUUCCUCCUGUGUUAACUCACCCGACUGUGACACGAAAGACGGCACAUGGGUGAAUCCUCCGGAGAAGAAAUGUGCUGGAAGCCCGUCUUUGGGGUGUCGAUUUUAUGCUGAAUUUUCUUUGGGGUACCAUUUAAAACAAACAAAUGCUCGGAGUCCGUCUUCCACUUUGACAAACAACUUUUUGGAACGUACAGUAGUUUUCCGGGGCGAUCUAGGUUUUAUUUAGUUGUUAGACCUGGAUCCACCGGAAUAUAUUCAGGUAAAAGAUUUGACUUUAAAACAAUGCUUCCGCUGUGCAACAUUUCAGCUAGUGUCCCGACCGCUGUGAGAUUGAGUACCAGACUGACACCUUUCAAUUCUCUUUAAGAGUGCGUAGUCUCACUCGCCAAUUGGAAGAAAUUGGCCGCUGUGAUCAACAUACAGCUAAACUCAAAGAAGAGAACAGACAGAGUCUAUCUAUUUUCUAAUGGUGACUUUUCUUACAAACCAAUGGCUACUGAUCACUAACGCUCGUCUCGGGAUGGAGAAGGCUAGAACUCUGCUGCAAGGAUUUUUUUGUGCCAUUGAAAAUCUCUUUUGUACUCUCUUCUACUGUGUAAAAGUGUAUUUUAAUACGCUGCUUUUCUUACAAUGAAGUUUGAGUUGUGUAAGCAGUUGUUGUUCUUCUUAAAGGACAAUCCACUGAGACCCUGCACCCGAGUACAGAACCAGCCGGCUCACCGUCCGCGGUUAUGAGGUGCUGGUCUUCAAGCAUUAAAAUUGAGAUCAGGUGACUCUUCUGGUCUACCUUUUACGUUUUUGACCUUCAUUUAUUUGAAGAUUUCUAUCUGUAAUCAGACUCAGUAUUUUAUUAAUUAGCGCACACUGGCGUUAUUAUGUUUGUGUGAUAAAUGAGGUACGAAGUGUACGCGUGCUGAAGAAGGUAACGCCUCCCUCCAGCUGCCAGAGAGCCUUCCCAUAUAAACAGCAUGUACAGCAAAUAAAUUGGCAUAUUGAAACUUAAUUGUAAAUAUCUUUACUGCUUAUAUUUUUUUGUGUAUAUCGCCUUUAUAAUUUAUUCCUUUGACAAUAACCCCCAUUGUUUAUUUUACUUUUGGCGUCAUCAUUCAAACUUCAAUGUUUAUGGUACUUUCAUGGGUUUAAUAACAACAAUAACGAUAUAAAUCUAUAUUAUUAAAACACAAAUUUUUGUUUUUUUCUCUGUGCUUCUGUAUUUCUGUGAAACGUAUCCUGGUUGUACAUUUUUAGUAUGUCUGACGGAAUAGGUGAGGAGAACUGCUCCGUAUCCACUGACUCAGUACUGGUUGUCUACCGGCGUAGAAAUAAUAAUACAUUAUACAAUCAAAACCACAAAUGUUUACAUGGAAAUAAUCUUCAAAUAAAGUUGCUGCGUGCUUCAGAGGUAAACGAGCAGUUAACCAAAUGAGAUUGUUGCUAACCAUUUUUGGGAGUUUCCUGGGUACACCUGACCAGCAGAGUGUGAGUGUGUGUGUGUGUGUGUGUGUGUUUGUGCGCCCACAAUCGAAGGAGUUUGAUAUCUGUGAAGCGUACUGUGUCCUGUGGACAUGUGCCACAAUGAAUCCGUUGACCUGCGUGGGUGUGGUCGGGCGUUCUGGCAUCGUUCCCUUAUUUGCCUGACCUGUCACUCAAUGCAUACGAGCAAAAGUACACAAAAAGGAUCGGUUAUUGGUAUGCAGCGUUGCUUAGAAAGCCAUGGUUAUUUCCUGUUGGGUUUUGUGGGUCUUCUCUCUGGCUAUGCAGAUAUUUUUUUAUCUGUUAUAUUCCUAUAUAUACUUUUUUCUACUCUAUCCAUUGGAGAUUUUCAGACAAAUAGCUCUUUGUUAAAUCCUACUGAAUAUUGUUCAAAUUUAAAAGUAUGUUUCAAUAAAAUUUGUAUAUUGCCAACUCUA